AAAAAAAAAAAAGUGUGUCUUUCUGGGUAAGCAGAAUAUGUGUAUGCUGAUCAUGACACCAACAAUACGUAGUACUGAAUGGAAAACAGCACAGCACAGUAUAGAUUGUUAAAAUCAAACAAGCCCAAACUUACUGAACUUUCCACAUAAUUUCUAUAUGUCCUUUUUGGAGAAUCAGUGCAGAGACCACAAGCAAUUUGAGUAUUGUACUGAUUCUAUGUAACUUUUGCCUCUUAAAGUCCAUAUUGGAAGAAUAGGAAAGUCUGUAUAUAGAUUGUCCAGUGUCAUGACUGCACACCAUGAGCAUUAAACGUUAUUGAUUUAUCCCACCCUUUCUUUGUUCCUACUUUCUUAGUCCUGUUCUUUCAUACCUAUUUAUAUUUUACAAGUUCUUUGAUAUAGCUGCUAACUCUGUCAUAUCAGCAACAAGAAUACUAUUAGUCAUAAAGAUAGUCAUCCACCAGGUUUGACCUCUUCCAAAUGGAUCAGGUGACAGCCUAGCAAAAAUAGGAUGAUUGUUUGAAUAUCUGUGAUCAUUAUACAAGCUUUACCUCUGGUUUCCUAACAGAUUAUUUGUAUUACUAAAAAUUACUCAAGCUAUAGUGAAAUAUGUUUUAGAGACAAAUUAUACCUACAGCUUUAAAACAGCUAGAAAGGAACAUCUGACAGAUUCUGGUAGAGCUGUAGCUAUGUAAGAGUAGUUUUACAAUCUUUUCUGUAGAGCUACUGUACUGGCUGUCUUGCAGUAUCCCAGCUUAUCGGUAAUGCUUGUUUCCCGUUAUUGAACUUUAUUGUCAAGGUUCAGUAAGAUCUUUUGAAAUAAUAUGACAUCAUUUCAUCCUCUUCCCUUAUGUAUAUAUAUCUCUAAUCGUCGGCUUUUUAAAAUAAACACUGACACAAAAAGAAUCCAGAACCUCAGGGCAGUAACCAUCUUCCUUUCUGUUUCAGAAAGCAUGAAAUGCAUUAUUGUUUUUUCUAGUCACACACAGGCACUGUGUCAUACAAACAUCAAGCAGCUUUCCAAAGGAAAAGAACUGAUAUCAGGCUAUCAAUCUUUUAAAUUAAAAUUAAAUUUAAUUCCAUUCCAUAGCAAGUUUGAGGUCUCAUUGCAUUUCUCCAUAGAGCUGGCUUUCAAGUAGUACCUCAUGUUUUCUAAGUUCAAGGUGGAGACACGGGCUGGCACACAUUGGCAGUGGUGUUAACAGCAUCAAAGUUGAGUUCAACUCUGAACUUAGAAAGUGUUUGCUUAAUCAGAGAACAUGUGGUUUUCAUCAAGUUAAAUUAUUAUUCCAGAGAAUUUUAACUAAACUAAAAUUAUUUGUGAUAUGUCCUGAAUUAUUGUAAUAGGGUUCUACUUUUAGAAAAGUUUGAUAGUGGAGUAAUGCAGGCUUUAAAGACUUUCAUCUAAGAAAGUUGUAAAUAAGUUUGCCAAUAUUUUAAUUAUAUCCUGAAUUCUUGGAGCUAUGUUUGAGUAACUGUAAGCAAUAGCUAAGACAAAGGUCAUUUUUUUCCUUUAGCAUAUUUUCAUAUGGUUCUAAAUUAGGAGUCACUGACGAGAAAUGGGUCAGGUUACCACCAAGCACUUCCACAUUAAGUGACUUAACCUCAGUCAUUAAGAGUCAGUGGAUCUGGCUGGUUUAAUCCCUAGUGCUCAAAAGUGAAGCACUGCAGCAUUUCCUCUGUGGCUUCACUGCAGUGCUGCUAGCUCAGGUGAGGCAGCACAGGUGAAGCCCUUAAAAGUUCAGGGAUGCUGGGAUGAGGGAGGUGCUUGCUGGAAGCACCUCAGUUACCAACUCAUGGCAAUACAGUUCCUGACUCCAGACAUAGGUUUAUCCUCCCUCUCGUCAAGUCUGUUUAUAUCUGUUCCCUAAAAACAUGCCUUCCUCACAUGAAACCAUGUCACCUCUUCAUUUGGUUCUUCACACUGUUCUUCAGUGGUGGAGAAACAAAGAAGGACACAUAGUCCUUCGGGGACUAGGAUCGUCAUUGUCUCCCAUUUCAGAAAUUUUCCAUUUUAGAAAUGUCAGUGGAAGAAAUAUAUAUUCACAGCAUUCAGAGUCUUGAAUUCAUGAAACUUGUAUGUACUGGAGAUACUAGAGGUACUGUUCAAGCUUUUUCUUCUCUCUUACUGAUGAUUUUACCAUGGAGACUUGCCGCUGGCAUGAGAAAUCAGGGGGUUUUUAUUCAAGUAUGAUUAUGAUCCUCCCAAAAGAGAUGAAUAGCAAUGGUGUCUGUUGUGACAGAUUUCUGUUGCAAUCAUCAUUAAGUCCUGGAAAUCACCUAACUAUUUGAUGUCAGCCACAGGUGAAUGGAUGAAUGUCAGCUACAAGCUAAAGUUGGAGGUGUUAAAUGUAACUUGUGCUGCACCUGAACUGCUGAACUAGGAGCUGACUCCCUGAGCUGUCCAACUGCUUGGACUAAACUUUUGAACCUUCCCAUAUAAUGGCAGCAUACCACGGGUCAGAAGUUUUGUACUCUUUUCAGGAAAUCACCAGGAUGAUCCUAUACCUACUGGAGGUGAUACUGAAAAUGACUCAGAAUUUGGAUCAGGAGCCACCAACCAGCCUGGAUCAUUCCUACACAAACAACGAACAAAAGUGUCCAUGCAAACAGCAAUAUACCUCACCAGUCCAUGGCUGACACGUUUUGUUCCGUCAGUUUACAUGAUAGUGCUUGUGCUGAGUCUCCCUCUGAACAUUACAGCAAUACUUGUGUUUCUGAGAAAAAUGAAAAUUGAAAAGCCAGCUGUAGUAUACAUGCUGAAUUUGGCCCUUGCGGAUGUCUUGUUUGUAAGCGUGCUUCCUUUUAAGAUUGCUUAUCACUAUUCUGGUAACGACUGGGUUUUUGGACCUCAGAUGUGCCGUUUCAUCACUGCUGCCUUCUACUGUAACAUGUACUGUUCAAUAAUGCUUAUGACAAGUAUAAGCUUCGAUCGCUUCUUAGCCGUGGUAUAUCCCAUGCAGUCUCUAGGGUGGCGUACAUUAAGACGUGCCUCCUUGAUUUGUUUCAUCAUAUGGCUUGUAGCAAUAAGUGGGGUUAUACCUUUUCUUGUCAGAGAGCAAACAGUGGAAAUACCCAAGUUAAAUAUAACUACUUGCCAUGAUGUGUUAAGAGAAUCUGAACUUCAUGGCUAUUACCUUCACUUCUUCCCCAUCUUCUCUUCUUUUUUUUUUGUAGUGCCGUUUAUAAUUUCUACUGUCUGUUACGUGUGUAUCAUCCGAUGUCUUAGUUAUUCUACCGUUGUUGCAAAUCAAAGUAAGAAAACACGUGCCUUGCUCUUGUGUGUGGCUGUUUUUUCUGUUUUUGUUAUUUGCUUUGGACCAACGAAUAUCCUCCUAUUAAUUCAUUAUAUCAAUUUUUCUUACAACAACAGGUUAGAGUAUCUCUACUUUGCCUACCUACUGUGUGUUUGCAUCAGCAGCAUUAGCUGUUGCAUUGACCCCUUUAUUUACUACUAUGCUUCUUCUCAGUAUCAGAGACAACUUUUCAGCCUCUUCCAUUGUAAAGAGACUUUCGAUCCUAAAAGUAGUAACAGCAGUGGCCAGUCAGUGUCUACCACUAGUAGAAGGGGUACGUGCUCUACUAAUGUGAAUAACAGUGUCUACAGGAAGUUACUAGCAAUGCAUUGAGAUAAUAUACUUUACACAUGCUUAAUUUUUAGACAAUUUCAGACAAAAAAAAGGCUAUUAUAUCCAAGAAAUGCGAAACGUUAAACCAAGUUGUUGUACAAUACGUAAGUCUAUGGAUUCAUUAUAGUAAUGCACAAUUCAAAUUAUAACUCUGUGUAUGUAUAUAUAUAGUAUAUGUAAAUAGGUUAAUGUAGAGGAGAAAAGUAAUUUCUUAAUAAUAGUUUUUGAGUGUUUUUCAAAUAAACUCCUUAUUUCAGACAAAUCCUUUGCAUUGUUAGUUCAGUUUAUUGCAGGAGUUUUAUGAAAUGCCAUUUCAGGAUUUUUGAACUGUAUCAGGUUGAUUAAAUUCUUACCUAUGUAA